AUGAAACUUGCUGAGACCAUUACUGGACUAGCAAUAAUGACUCUUACAUCUUUGCUGUGUGGAAAUCCCUAUGCCCUUGAAACUACUGUAGAUAUAUGCAAACCAGGAAAGGAGAUACAAAGAGAAACCACAUCUAGAUAUUGUGUUCAGUUCAUGGGCAGCUCAGUAGCAGGUGGUAGAGAACAAACUGGAGGGGAUUUAAAGAACAGAAACAGACAUAUCAAGAGGCUGGAGGAACGAAUUUAUGUUGAAAAAUUAAAAUCUAAUACUAACAUACUCAGUCAAAAUAACUCAGAGAUCAUUUCGUCCAUUGCCAAUAAUACCCAGAUCCUUACUUCUGUGCUGGAGAAACUGACCAUCGAGAACAUCUCUUGUGCUGCUAAUAUUGCAGAGCAGAUUCUGAAAAAGAAUUCUAAGACUGCUACAGUGCCUGCAGUGGCUAUAGUUAGCCAACUUUUGGAUGCUAGAGUGAGUGAAUUGAACUUUGCAAAUGAGACCCUUACUAAUAUUACAGCAGGCCUCACAAAGACGCUGCAAAAUUUCUCUUUGAAUGGCUCUGUUGUUCAGCCCAACAUUGCAGUUCGGAACAUUUUAUUGAAGCCAAAUUCAACUACAGCUUUCUUCUCUGCACAGACAGUAUCAGGAAGUUUACAGUCUGAAAAUAUUUGCGUAGCUGAAAAUUACUCUAAUGAUGCCAACAAUGCAGAAAUUCAAAUACUGGUCAAUGUUACAAAGAACAGUUCAUCUGGAAAUGGACGUAUUGGCUUUGUCUUGUAUCAAAAUGACAAAUUUUUCCAAUCAAAAAAUUACAAGACUCAUUUUAAUCAUACUAAACAAGUUAUCUCUGGCAAUGUUGAUAAUGCAACAGUAAAUUAUGUUGAAAUAGCCUUGAAGCCAAAGUACAAUAAGAUGGAAAUUCUACUGCAUGAUUAUGCAUGUGUCUUUUGGGAUUACGAUGCAAAUGACUGGAACACAACAGGCUGCACAAAAAAAGGAGAAAAGAAAUUGAGAUGCAGCUGUAAUCACACUACUAAUUUUGCUGUAUUAAUGAGCUUCAGGAUCAAUUACAAAUAUGCAAAACCUCUAGAGAUUGUCUCAAACAUUGGUAGUGGAUUCUCCAUUGCUGGUCUGGUUAUUACCAUUCUGUUUCAAAUUCUCACCAGGAAAACACGAAAAUUCUCAGUUACCUGGAUGUUGGUGAGUCUCUGCACAUCAAUGCUGAUUUUCAACAUCAUCUUCAUCUUUGGAAUUGACAACCCAAAUGCCAAUAAUACCAGAAAUUCUUCCAAAACAAACACCGUAAUGGCCUCGGACUGUGAAGAUCCUCCUGAAAAUCCCUUGUGUACUGCUGUAGCUGUCUUGCUGCACUAUUUCUUGUUGGCAACAUUUAUGUGGACAGCGCUCAAUUCUGCACAUUUGUACUUACUGCUGCUUAAAACCCUGAGGCCCAUUCCUGGACACUUCACUUUAAUCAUGUCAAUAAUUGGAUGGGGAGUGCCUGCUGUAGUGGUUGCUAUAACACUUGGAGCUACCUAUAGAAAGGGCAAGCCAUUAAACUACCGACAGGAAGAGUUUUGCUGGCUUGCAGUCCUGGAUGACAAAGGGAAAGUGAGCACAAAAAAGCCCAUGAUAUGGGCAUUCCUUUUGGUUGUGGCAGUCAUCCUUCUGUUUAACAUUAUCAUCUUUGUCAAGAUCACAGUCCUUGUUAUGUGGAAGGAAAACACAAAUCUGACAAGCAAUAAAAAGAAAUCAUUCACAACGAAGAUACUUGGCACUUUAUCUGUAGCUGUAGUGCUUGGAAUCACCUGGGUCCUGGGCUAUAUGAUGCUAAUAAAUCAAGAGACAACAAAUUUUGUCUUCAGCAUUUUGUUCUGUAUUUUCAAUGCCACCCAGGGACUUCAGAUCUGUAUUCUAUACACUUUCAGAUCACCAAUCUUCAAGAAAAAGGUUACUGAGAUGUUUUCUUUUGUCUCACUGCCGGAUAUACCGAUUUACCUGCAUUCGAAGACUUAUUAUCUUUUAAAAUUCCGUUCUAAAAAAAACAUAUAUGAGACCUUCAAACCAUCUGAGACCUUUUCAGAAGAAACCUCCUUUUCCAGCAAUGAUCAGACACCUACGAAGAAUUAAAAUGUAAAAUCGCAGCUUUCUGAGUUUGUUCUAGAGAGAGAUCAUUGGUGACCACCACUCCUGCAACAAGCGCUGGGCACAGAUCAGAAGACAGUAGGACAGCUACCAAAAAUGUAAGGCAGGAUAACAGCUGUGCAGAGCCUAUAUGUGGCACUUUAAUUGUACACAACUAAGAAAGUUCUUACAAGGGAAUUUGAAGGUCAUUACAAUAUUGCACAAAAUAGAAGGGUGUUGAUCUGACUUAGUCAUGUCUGUCUGUUCUCCCAGAUAUAUCUGUUCCUGGCCUAUCUAAUAUACUCUGUCCAAAGGUAGUCUCUUUUCCCUUUUAUAAGUAAUUCCCGUUUAACUAAAAAACAUAAGCAAAA